AUGGGUAGUUAUCGCGGAAGGAGGCAUGCCAUGGGUCUGCCGGUGAGAGGACAGAACACAAAGGGUCAGAUUUCGACGGCUAGAAAGCUCAACAAAAUGAACAGGAAAGGUUGA